ACCGAGCAGCGCAGAGCGUGGUAACUAGGCACGGGACCCGGGCGCCGGAAGCAGGUGAUGAGCCACCGGGUGUAUGGGGCUGAAGAGAUAUGCUGAGCAAAGCAGAUUUCCUUGAGCACAGACCCCAGCAGACCAGCAGAAUGUUGGAGGAGGACAUGGAGGUGGCUAUUAAGGUGGUGGUGGUUGGAAAUGGUGCAGUUGGGAAAUCUAGCAUGAUUCAGAGAUACUGCAAGGGGAUCUUUACGAAGGAUUACAAGAAAACUAUUGGAGUGGACUUCCUGGAAAGGCAAAUUGAGAUAAACGAUGAAGAUGUUCGGCUGAUGCUGUGGGACACUGCUGGUCAAGAGGAGUUUGAUGCAAUAACUAAAGCAUAUUACAGAGGUGCCCAAGCUUGUGUGCUGGUAUUUUCUACCACAGACCGGGAAUCAUUUGAAGCGGUGCCCAGCUGGAGAGAAAAGGUCAUGGCUGAAGUUGGAGAUAUCCCCACUGUUCUUGUUCAGAAUAAAAUCGACCUGCUUGAUGAGACUGUGAUUAAGAAUGAGGAAGCAGAAGGACUUGCAAAGAGGUUAAAACUGCGAUUUUACAGAACAUCUGUAAAGGAAGAUCUGAAUGUUACUGAAGUUUUUAAAUAUUUGGCUGACAAAUACCUACAAAGGCUAAAACAGCAGACUGCCGAAGAUACAGAAGUUGUACAUACUAGUGGCAAUAAAAUUGGAGUAUUUAACACAGCGGGUGGCAGCCACUCCGGACAGAAAUCUAAUGCUAUGAAUGGAGGAGACGUAAUCAAUCUAAGGCCAAAUAAACAGAGGACCAAGAAGAGCAAAAGUCCUUUUAGCAGUUGUAGCUUACUCUAGAACUGUAUUUAUAAGAUCAAAAAGGUGAACUACAAGUCGGGGACUACAGUGCAAUUGACAAGAGAGGAAUACAGCCACUUCCACAGAGUUUAGUACAUUUUUAGCUGAGUUUGUUCCGAUCAAGGUAACGCAGUGAGAGUGACUUCUGAGAUGUUCUGUGAGCUAUUAGGCCACCUAGUGUUGGACAGUGUGUCCUACAGUAUGUAGUGUUCUGUUUGAUAUAGCACCAGAACAGAUGCUGCCCAAACAUGGUUUUUACAGUGUUCUGAAUGUGAAGAAAUCCACAAAACGGUACAAUGAAUAGUAUUUAAGGCUAAGUACAUAUUUUAUUAACACAAUACAGGGAUGUGUGGUUGCAUCGACUGUGGAAUAUGAUGGUACACAAUACAUGGUACAUGUGCAAUAUUAAUGUAACUCACUAAACAUUGCCUACAGCCUAUGAAAUGAUGUAUUGUUUAGUAAAGUCUACAUAAAGGAUGUUAAAUCCAAAUUUUGCUGAAAUUAA